AUGGUGUCUCCGGGGAUUGCCGUCUCGAAGGGUGAGGAACUGCGCAGUCUCUGGUCGCCUCAGCAAGCGAGAGAGGAGCGCAAAAUCGGGAAAACUCGGAGACUGCUUGCCGUCGACGUCGGGGCUGCAUGCAUGCACGACUCUCUUCCGGAUUCUUUCGCUGCUCGCAUUCUUCCCUUCUUCAUUUUGCCUCAUCGUCUCCAGCUUUCUUCUUUUGGUCAUUUUCCGAUGAAGCGACAAGGCGGGCCAUUUCCCCCUGCGCGCCGCGGUGGGGGCAGAGGCGGUCGAGGCGAAGGCGUCUCGUUUUCCGAGAAGCGCCGGCGCCUAAACGUGGAUACCUCCGGCUGCAAGGGCGUUUUCCUGACCACCAAUACCGGCGAGAGACAGGCCGUGCGCGAGUUCAUGAACUUGAUGAACCAGGCAAGUCCAGAGAAAGCGUCCGAAGCUUUCCUGCGACCGCGGGGAGCAGAACGCGGCGCUGCAGAUGAAGUCACCGAGGCGUUAGCGUCUGAACUCGCGUCGUUGCGAGAAGGCCAGAAGCGUUUCGUUCCCAUGAAGGAUCUCCUCAAGGGCGCGAUCUUCAUUCAAUUCACCCGAGAAGAAGAUGUGCCAUCGGUGCUUCUUCAUGGGCUCAUGGAGCGCGUCCUCGCGCAGCCGGGCGUCUUCUCUUGCAGGCACAUUUCGCGCAUGGUCCCUGUGGACGUCACCGCCCCGCCCACGUUGGAAGGUCUUCUCUCCAUCGCCCGGCCUCUGGUGGCGAAAACGAUGCCUCAUUCCCGCGCAUCUGAGCGCGUUGAUUCUGGCGAGAACGCGAAGGCACUCUCCAGCGGCGAGACGCCAUCUGGAGAGAAAUCGACGGAGAAGGAAGGAACGGCAGACGGCGGAGACAGAAAAGCGGCGACGCAGAAGGCAGCCGGAGAGGCCGCUUCAAACGAUAGGGAGGAAGGGAAGACAGCCGCUGAGGGCGGCGACAGGUGUGCAGAGCCUGAAGCAUCUACUCGGAAGAAUACGGAGGGAAGGGAGCAAAGCGGAGGGAGUGCGGAAGGUGCUAGCGAGGCGAAAGAGGGACAACCGACCGGAAAGGACCAAGCCACAGGAGACAAUGCAGAGCCAACCAAGACAGUCUCCACCUGGUCGUGUCAGUACACCAGCAGGAGCUUCGAUACAGUGAAGAAGCAAGCUGUCCUCGACCUCCUUGCUGACGAAGUUGGACCCGCCUACAAGGUCAACAUCAGAGAAUCGGAGUUCUCUAUCGUCGUCGAAUGUAACCCGAUCUUCUGCGGGGUCUCGAUCGUCCGCGACUACGGGAAGUUCUUCCGGUACAACUUACAUCGCUGCUGCCACUCCGACCAAGAGAAGGACACUCAGAGCAGCCGUUCCGAUCCGCCCCGUGAGGAGCUCGAUUCCUCUUCGGAUGCUCAGAACGCGGCGCCUUCCGGCUCUCUGGAUUCUGCGCAUGCAGUCGCGGGGCCCGAGGCUUUUGAGGGCCCCGGCGCGGCCGGCGAGCAGAAGAACUGA